ACAUUAACUCAGUGGAAAAAUUAUGUAGGAAGGAAAAUAGAGGACUUUUCCUUCGAGAAUUUUGGUCUGUGGGUUACUUGCAAAUGAUCACUGCAGGGUCAAGAGAAAUUUAAGUGGCCCUGUCUGGCCAUGUUUUGUCUUCCACAGUAAUCCUGUGAUUUCUUUGGCCCUCCUUUUUAGGCCACAGAAACUUCGUUCAGUUGUUUAAAAAAACACAUAUUAAAAAUAGCAAUGAAAUGUUGCUGCUUUCUAGCUGACCGUGUGGAAAGGUUUUUAAAUAUUUCAAAACCUGAUUCAGUUUAUGUGCAUAAAGUCUUAAUACGUUCAGUUACUUGCAUGAAAAUCAUCUCCCAAAGCUAUUGGUGAGUACACACUCAGAAGCAGCACAGACGUUCAGAUGCUAAUAAAAGAAAUAUAUAAAUGUAGUUUGAUUAGAUACAGGUUAUUUCAUUAGCAAGCAUACUGGGGAGUGUAUGUCAUGCCACUGAUUUAAUUCUGAUCUCUUUUACAGAAAUACUAAGUACCAGUGCUUCCUAUAUAUGAAGUGUCUUGGAAUGCUGCAUGAUCAAUGGAUGAUCCGAAUGCUGAGAGAUCAGUAAGACCUUGUGGGCAGGGACACAGAGGAAAGAACUUUCAGUGCUUUCUAAUAGUUAUGGCUAUUGCAAAGAUAAGUUAUUUGUGAAUGAAUUUAGCUGAAUAUGGAUCCAGGUGGUGGAAGUCUUGGAUUGCAAACACAAGAAUCCAAAAUGCCUCACACUAUGAUUAUGCAGGAUUUUGUGGCUGGAAUGGCUGGCACUGCUCAUAUCGAUGGAGACCAUAUUGUUGUAUCAGUCCCCGAAGCUGUCCUAGUUUCUGAUGUUGUUACCGAUGAUGGAAUAACUCUUGAUCAUGGCUUAGCAGCUGAAGUUGUCCAAGGACCUGAUAUCAUCACCGAAACUGAUGUUGUGACCGAAGGUGUAAUCGUUCCCGAUUCUGUUCUGGAAGCUGAUGUUGCUAUUGAAGAAGCUUUAGAUACCAGUGAUCAUGUUUUGACUUCUGAUCUAAUAACAGAAACUGUUAGAGUUCCCGAUCAGGUUUUUGUGGCUGACCUUGUUACGGGUCCCGAUGGACAUUUGGAGCAUGUGGUGCAAGACUCUGUGUCAGGAGCCAACUCGCCUACAAUGGUUUCAGAAGAAGUUCUUGUAACAAACUCCGAUUCUGAAGCAGUCAUUCAAGCAGCUAGUACUGUUCCUGGCUCCACAGUGACUAUUAAAACAGAAGAUGAUGAUGAUGGCAAGAGUACCUCUGAAGACUACUUAAUGAUAUCUUUGGAUGAUGUUGGAGAAAAAUUGGACCAUAUAGGAAGCACUCCCUUGAAAAUCAGCACUGAGGUGACGAAUGAUGAUGUUGCUAAAGAUGACGGUUUUGGUUCAGAAGUUAUCAAAGUGUACAUAUUUAAAGCUGAAGCUGAAGAUGAUGUCGAAAUAGGUGGAACAGAAAUUGUCACAGAGAGUGACUUUCACAAUGGACAUUCUGUAGCUGGAGUAAUUGAACAAGGAGGUGUUGGUAGAAUGCAGCGAGAAAAAAUGGUUUACAUGGCUGUUAAGGACUCUUCUCAGGAAGAUGAAGAUAUUAGCUGUGCUGAAAUAGCAGAUGAAGUUUAUAUGGAAGUUAUUGUAGGUGAAGAAGAAGCUACAUCACUUCCCGACACACAGCUUGAAGACUCUGGCGUGAAUAAAACUUUUGUCCCUGUUGCUUGGGCUGCUGCUUACGGAGAUGAAAGAAGGCUACCCAGAAGAUAUGAAGAUGGUCAAGCGGCAGGAAAUAACUUGGAUACACGAUUAGAAAACAAAAACGCUGUUAUAAUAGGUCCUGAUGGACAGCCCUUAACAGUUUACCCUUGUCAUAUUUGUGGGAAAAAAUUUAAAUCCAGAGGAUUCUUGAAAAGGCAUAUGAAGAAUCAUCCAGAUCAUAUGAUUAAGAAGAAAUACCAGUGUACAGACUGUGACUUUACAACUAACAAAAAAGUAAGUUUCCACAAUCAUCUGGAAAGCCAUAAACUUAUAAAUAAGGUUGAUAAAACCCAUGAGUUUACAGAAUAUACAAGAAGAUACAGAGAAGCAAGCCCGUUGAGCUCUAAUAAGCUAAUACUGAGGGACAAGGAGCCUAAGCUACACAAGUGCAAAUAUUGUGACUAUGAAACUGCAGAGCAGGGACUACUCAAUAGACAUCUGCUUGCAGUUCAUAGUAAGAACUUCCCUCAUGUCUGUGUGGAAUGUGGGAAAGGAUUCCGUCACCCAUCAGAGCUGAAAAAGCAUAUGAGGACCCACACUGGGGAAAAGCCAUACCAGUGUCAGCACUGUGUCUUCAGGUGUGCUGAUCAGUCCAAUCUGAAAACUCACAUCAAAACCAAACACGGCACUGAUUUGCCAUUUAAAUGUGAGCACUGUCCCCAGGCGUUUACAGAUGAAAAAGAACUGCAGCAGCACACAGAGUUAUUUCAAGGGCAUAAGACUCAUCAGUGUCCACACUGUGACCAUAAGAGCACCAAUUCAAGUGACCUGAAGCGACACAUUAUUUCAGUCCACACAAAGGAUUUUCCCCACAAAUGCGAGGUAUGUGAAAAAGGUUUCCAUCGUCCAUCUGAGCUCAAAAAGCAUAGUGAAACCCAUAAAGGUAAAAAGAUACAUCAGUGUAGACACUGUGACUUUAAAACAUCAGAUCCUUUUGUACUUAGUGGGCAUAUCCUCUCAGUUCACACCAAGGACCUGCCUUUUAAAUGCAAAAGAUGUAAAAGAGGAUUUAGGCAGCAAAAUGAACUUAAGAAGCACAUGAAGACCCACAGUGGAAGAAAAGUUUAUCAAUGCCAGUAUUGUGAAUAUAGCACUACGGAUGCGUCGGGCUUUAAACGGCACGUAAUAUCCAUACACACAAAAGACUAUCCACAUAGGUGUGAGUAUUGCAAAAAGGGAUUCCGUAGACCAUCUGAAAAAAAUCAGCAUAUAAUGAGGCACCACAAAGAGGCCAUAAUGUAAUAUAUGAUCUCAAGAAGGAAGCAAUUUAGAAACUGUGAUAAUUGGGGAAAAAAAAAAUCUCAUGAACUGUUUCUCCUGGUUUCAAAGCUUGAUAUUAAAUCAUAACUUUACAUUCUUUGUAUUAAAAGUCUUAAAAGUAUUAGGGUUGACAGGGGAUCUCAUAGCCCUAUGAUUGUUGCUUAUCAGAACCUAAAGAGCACUAUAGAAUGCAGAAGGAUGGAUGAAUGUCUUAAAUUUGCAGAAAGAUGGAUGAAUGUCUUCAGACUAAUAGUAUUACACGUUGUUAAGCUAUAGAAGACGAAACGAAGAUGAUUGUGUUAGCCAUUUUGUCAGUAACAGCGUUUGUCUCCAAUAUGAAAACAGUUCAGAUAUAUGGUGGGGUUAUUUACAAAUUGUGUGCAAAGGCAACCGAGUCUUAACUUCUUGUGCAGUUUUGAAAGGAGAGUAUUAGUCAGUCACUUGAUCAUAACGUUUUUGAAUCGUGCCUGGAAAUUAAAUUCCAGAACUGGUCAAACCAGGGGGGGUUGUCCUUUUUUUUUUCUUUUUUUUUUUUAAAAAAAAAAAAAAAAAAUCAUUGGGAAACUUUUUUGUUUCCUUUAUUAGUUUAGGUCCAACAAGUAAUUUUUUUAAUGGUUUUCAAAGCUGCUAACCUAUUUUAUUGCAGGAUAUGAUGUUUAAAAUAUAGCAUUAUGUUAUGAUCUCAAAGGUGGUGUUCUGGUGCUAGGGUUAAAGAUGUGUAUGUAUAUAAUUUCCCUUUUUUAUCUGAAACUACAGUUGAAUGUUGUUCAGUAUGGCACAUAUAACAAAAUUAACUUUGAAUUUGACUUUUUUUUUUUAAAGGAUAAAAUGGAUGCAGCUCGUAGUGUUGUGACUCAACACUAAUUUUUUUUCUCACUACUUUAAAAUCUUCUCUAAAAAGAAUAUUAAAAACAAAGUUGAAAAAUGUAGGGGUUUUUAAAUUAAAAUUCAAAGUACUUAGAAGUUCUUUAGGGCAUUGUUCUUAACAGGUAUGACUAUUAUUGUCCUACCUCCUAAUAGGAAAUUUUCAAUAUAGACAUAAAAUUGCACCUUUUAAUCAAUUCUUCAAAAAAAAAAAAAUCUAUACCAUACUAUAAACAUGCAUUUUCAAUCUGUAAGAAAGUAUAUAUGCAGUAUUUAACCAGAAAAAUAUGCUGCCACUAGAGUUUGGAGGUGGAUCUUCAGUUUACAGUGUAUACAUUUAAAAUAUGCAUCCCUUUAAACAAUGCUUUGUGUUAGCAUGCUGCAAAUCAAAUGGCGCUUAAUAUAACAAGCUGGUCUAGGGCUAUUUAAUGAAAAACCUGUUCAUAAAUGUUAUGCAUAUAAUGUGUAUUUUUUACUUUUUUAGUUGCUUCAUGUUUGCACACAGCUGUUCACAUGAUAAAUUGUAACUUCAUGCUAUAUUGUGGCUUUGUGUUUCAGAUAAUGUUCAUAUUUUGUUUUUGCACCAGAUGAGAAUCAGUUCCUUGAGAAUAAAUUUUUUUUAUAUUUCUAAACUUCAGAAAGUUAAAUUUGGGAAAUCUCUUAGAAAAAUACGUGUUUUAUGUGGCUGUAAAAAAUGAUGUACACGCUGUAAAAUAAGAUUGUCACUGUUAUGUGGGAUUAUUAUUUCUAAAUGUGUUACUCAUCGUAACGGGCAUACAAUAAAACGCAUCUCUUGCACUCCAAA